GGGGGGGGGGGGCUGAUAUGUCAAUACCCCUAUCUACAGCUCGCUUCCCCGCUUCAUUCGGCGCCGACAACCAAUCCCCCAAGGAGCAAAAGUGGGGCAGCGGCCAUUCUUUCCACGAUGGAUCCGCCAGAUGUUGGCCAUUGUUUCUUUCCAAAGGCCACAGACUUCGACCACCAUUAUGCCUCACACCCAGAAGCAGCUUCAGACUCUGGCAUUGUCCAAAAGGACACAGCAAUUGGUGGAGCUGGAGCACAAAUAUACUGCUGGUGGGUUCAGGCCCAUGCCAGCAUUCUUCGUCGAAGGCAAAGGUGCAAAACUUUGGGAUGUUGAUGGGAAAGAAUACAUUGAUUUCAUUGCCAUGUUUUCGGCCGUGAACACCGGUCACUGCAACCCUAAGAUUCUAGCCGCUGUCGCCGAACAGAUGAACAAGAUCACUCUAGUAAAUCUCGCAACUCAUAAUGCAGGGUGGGGACCUCUCGCCGAACGCCUUUGCAAACGCUUCGGAUACGACAAAGUUAUUUCCGCCACCUCUGGAUCCGAAGCGACUGAUACUGCAGUCAAGAUAGCUAGAAAGUGGGGCAUUGUAAAGAAAGGAAUUCCAGCUAAUGAGAUGCUCAUCUUUGGUGUUGGAGAUAGUUUCCACGGUUUGACGUCGGGCGUCUGGAGUUUACAGAAUUCGACGAAAAAGAGAGCUAAGUACGGAUUAGAUAGCAAGCUCCAAACGAAUGUAAACCCCAGCACGGGGAAGAUAAUGGGGUAUGGCGACAUCCAGGCCAUGAAGGAAUGUCUUGCCGAACAUCAUGAACGUGUCGCUGCUGUCAUUAUGGAAUGUUUGCAUGGCGCUGUUGAGACGUCCGCAGAGAUAAAAUAUUCACGAGCUGUCUAUGACCUCUGCAAAAAAUACAAGAUCCUCUUCAUGGCAGAUGAAGUUCGUCAAGGCGCAGGCAAGACAGGAAAAUUCUUCUGCUACGAGAAUCUUGGUGCAGAUGUCAAGCCCGACCUCAUUGCGAUGGGAAAAUCAAUGGCGGGUGGCUUCUACCCAUGUUCCUACAUCGUCGGUACCGAAGAGGUCAUGUCCCUCGUUGGCACCGGCGAAAUGGCAUCCACCUUCGGCAACACACCCUUAGGAUGUGCCGCCACGAACGCAACGCUCGACCUGAUCGAUGAGCCCGGAUAUAUGGACCGUGGCCCCUUCCUCGGAGCCUGGUUCCAAAAAGAAGCUGAUAAAUGGCAAACACAAUUUCCCUUCAUUCUCGAGGCGGUGAGCUGUGGUACAGACAUGUGUCUGUACAUUGAUGAGAGCAACCCAGCUGUGACAGGCAGGAAAAUUGCCGCGCUGUGUAAUCUGAAGGGGCUGCUGGUUACGAGUUUCGGGAAUCGGGUGAGAAUGAGUCCGCCGCUUGUGCUGACGGAUGAGGAGAUGGAGCGGGGAAUACAGAUUCUUAGGGAGGCAUUGGAGGAGGUUACUGAGUAUGAUGAUGUGCCUGGCAUGGUAUGAACUGGACCCGAGUAAGCUGGGGCUGCCUCUGACGGCAAGCAAGUGAUUUUUUGGAGUAGAGGCGGUGAUAACUGCCGACGAGACGGGUACUUGUAGUCUUGUGUCUGGGCUUGUCUUGCAGAUUUUCAACACCAGUUCGAUUAACGAGCCUAGAUUUACG